CCCGCCCCCGCCCCAGUCCCCGCCCUCGGCCUCCGCUCAAUCUCAAGCCCUUCACAUCACCCCCCCAUCUCUUCUUGCACGCUCCUGCACGGAUCGCCGUGCCCAUCGCCCCGCCUACCCAUCGCCUGCCGCUUCCGUACACUCGCCUCGCCAUCGGCAUCCCUUCCUCUCAGAUCCCCGGUUCCCUACACCGUUCUCGUGACCGUGCUUCCAUCCCCACUCCCCUUAUCUCGCCACUCCAUCUCACCUUGACAUCUCACCUUCCACUUCACACUGCUCCUCUGCCACCACCUCCCAUUCUCUCGCCAUGCUUGCUCCCACUGCCCCCGUCAACAUACCCUCACGCGAUCUCCCCCAACUCGAGGAGUGGCAAUGGUCGGGCUCGCCCGAAUCUCCAUCCCUGGCCACCCCACAGACCCCCGCCAUCCUCGCCCUAGUAGGCCCCACACCCCGCCGCAUCACAGCAGGCUUCGAUCCCGCACCUGCACCACCCAGCAGACAUCGGCGGCGUAGCAGCACCCCAUUCACGUUCGAGCUCGGCGAUGCCGCAGUCCAUGAGCACCCCGAACCCCAGCUUACGCCUCUUGCCCAAGCCCCAGACCCCGCAUCUACGACGCCACUGGCGACACCCGCCCCCGCAUCGGGGGCGAGCACACCGACGUCACCAAGUUCCAGCUUCGGAGCUGUAGUGAGGCGGCAGAUCGCACGGUCCAAAAGCAGCUUGCGGCAGCUGAGAGGGGACGACGAGGAAGCCGAUGAGCCGGGCACAUCGCCGAGGCAGCGGCUCAAGAGUCUCAUCACACGCCGCUCAAGGGCGCAGAGCAUGACGUCGGCGUCGUCGCCUUCUCCCUCCAUCGUGGGCAGUGUAAGUUCCAGCGCGCAACUGAGUGCCCUCGCCUCGCUCGAUGCCGACAGCUACGACGACGUAGGUAUCAUGCCUGGACGUCGUGCCCGCGGCAAGUCGAUCGUGCAGACCGCAAGGGAGCGUCUGCAGCGCAGACGCUCGAGCUUUGCUGGUCUUGGUACGCCGCCCCUCUCACCGCCAUUCAACGUCGCCUUUGCGAGCGCCGGCCUGCAAGGGGCGGCCCCGUUGCCCUCAGACGAACUAGUAUGGGGCACGCUUAGCUACCGCGCGCCACCCGCGCCACAGCCAAUCGACCAUUUCGGGACUAUGCUACCCAGAGAGCUCAAGGUUGCCGUAUUCCGCACCCUGCUGGACGACUGGGCGAGCCGCGAAGGCAACGGCCGCUGGGACGGCCUGAAUGGCGGACGCCGCGAACUCAUCCGCAUUUCCCGCGUCAGUAAGGAGUGGCGCUCCCUAUGCUUCGACGGGCAGCUAUGGGCACACUGCGACUUUACACCGUUCGCGAGCGUGCUUCCAUCCGCGACGCUCCAAACGAUCCUCCUCAACGCCCGCGCGUGCGUGAAGACGCUGUCGCUCCACGGUCUUGGAGCGGUAAAGGGCCCGGUCCUCGUCGACCGUACAGAGCUGCAUCUCCCUUGCUUCUCGUCGCUCGCGUCCCUCGAUCUCCGCGGAUGCAACGCUGUCCACGAGGCAGAGCUUAUCGACCUUCUCACCCUCGCACCAGGACUCAAGUCGCUGAACCUAAAGGGAUCUCGCGUGGCCACAAUUUACACGCUUGACGCGAUCCGUAACAAGAUUGAUGCUCUAGAGGAACUCGACGUCUCGCGCUGCUGGCAGCUGCGCUUCCUCGACAUUGAUAAAUUCAUUGUUUCCCUCACCCCACCGCAACGCCAGGCGCUGAAGACUCUCCGCGUUGCCGGACUCCCUAUGGCCUCGGGCUACCUUCUGCAGCACAUCCCGGACUGCCUGCCCAACCUUGAGUGCCUCGACCUCAUGGGAUGCUCUUGGAUAGGCAUGCGUGACAUGCAGGAGUACGUCGCUGCGCUACGCGACAGGCCCAGUUCACUCCGUCACCUCGUCAUCUCCAACUGCACGGGGCUUACGCCUGAAGCGAUCGAGCUACUCGUCGGCCGCGUGCCCGAGAUGCGCAUCCUCGAGGCAGCCAACCUCGAGUCGGUAUUCUACCUCGACCCGCCGCCGACUCUCUCGCGCCUGGUGCGCUCAAUGCCAAAGCUCGAGCGCAUCGACCUGGACGGCUCGGGGCGCUACGGUGGCGUCGAGGACCGGCUCCUACAUGAGCUCAUCCCCGGGGCGUGCCGUGGCUCGCCGCUCGAAGAAAGCCGUCUCAUCGAGCUGCGUAUUGGCAACGCGAAAUUUGUCUCCAAGGGCGCGAUCAUGCGCCUCAUCGAGGGCCUGCCCAACCUCCAAGUCCUCAUUGCGGAUCAUCAUCUCGCUGAUCGACUGCUCGCUCUCGUCUGAGGCGUACGACCGGCUCGCGCCCAAGACGCGCCCGCGCCGCGGAUGGGCAGACUACCGCGGCGCCCCAUUCCGGUACACGUCGGUCGAGCUGUCCGAGCGGCCAGUCAUCCGCGCGUUCUGGGCGUGGCGCCGCGUCGGCGUGCCCCUGCAGUGGCGGCAGGCGCGCGAGGCGGGCGAGCGCGAGCUCGAGCAGCGCCAGCGCGACAGCGUGCCCUCGUACGACCGCUACUCGCGGCGGCCGAGCUGGUGGGCGACGCGCAACGACGAAAUCGACAUGGAGCGCGGCGCGUGUACCAUUAUGUAGGCGGUAUACUGCUGCGCGGUGCCAGACACGUUGUACUAGCUGUGUGUAUAAGAUGUACCACUCGAAGAAA